CCUUUCAUCUAUACAAGAGUCACAAGUAUGUUUCCCACCAAAUCGAUCCCUCUCCUCCUCCUUUCUUUCUUCCUUCUUCUCAGCACGAGCUUCGGUGACGAUCCGCUUAAUGAUAUCUGCUUCGGCAAAGAUAACUACACUUCCGGCAGUCCUUACAAAGCCAACCUCGACAGCUUGCUCAGUGCCCUCGUUUCCAAGGUCCCUCCCAGCGGGUUUGCAACUGGCUCGAGCGGCAAGUGGAGGAAUCAAGCGUACGGGCUAGCCCUUUGCCGAGGUGAUGUAUCGAGCUCUGACUGCAAAAGUUGCGUCUCCGAUGCACGCCCAGAGCUUCUGCAGCGUUGCCCUAGGCAGAAGGGUGCUAUUAUUUGGUAUGACAAUUGUCUCCUCAAGUAUUCCGACGUGAGCUUCUUUGGCAAGAUCGACAACAGCAACAAGUUCAACAUGGUCAACGUGGAGGACGUCGACAUGGACUUCAUGGAAUUCUACAUGAAGAUCAAGGAGCUGCUGAACAGCUUGACGGGCAAAGCCGUGGCGGGUCCCAAAAAGUAUGCGUACGGCGAGCUCGAGCUCGGAGAGGAGAAGACCCUGUACGGCUUGGUUCAGUGCACCAGGGAUCUGUCCGGAAAUGACUGCAAGACUUGCCUCGGGGGCGCGAUAAGUGACCUGCGGGGCUGUUGCUAUGGCAGACGAGGGGGGCGAACCAUUGGUGGGAGUUGCAACGUUAGAUAUGAGCUUUACCCUUUCGCCAAUGUUUGAGAUUGUCAUAAACUCGAUGAUAUCAGCAAAUGGAUGCGUCAUGUAUGAUGCAUCAAAGUUUGGAGAAAUCAAAUCCAAUAAAGUAUGAAUCUCACGAGGAUGUUUUGUUGCUCUCGUUUCAACUUCAUAUGAAACAAAUUUCUUGUUUUUCCUUAAA